CACCCUGGUUGUAGCAGGGCAGCAAGGACCUGAAGCUUCUCUCUCCUUUCCCAGCUCUUUAAUUAGGAGUCGCCCGGAGAACAGGAUUUAAACCAGCUGGCUCUGAAGCAGGAGGAAAAAAAAAAAGAGGGGUGCAGGGGGUGUAGGCGCACGGUGCAGCCGGCUCGGUCCCGCUGGGCACAGCGGGAUGCAGGAACCGGCGCCCAGCACGGCGAGGUCCUGCCGAGCCCCAGAUCUCCCCAUGCGAUGCUGCCACGCGCUUCUCCCCGCGGGUGGGCUCUGGUACAACGCGGGCUGAAGUCCUCCCGCAUCCCACCGAGCAUCCCGGGAGCAUCCCGGGGCCGCUGCGUGGCCGGCAGCCCGUCCACGUGCGGCGGAGAGGCCUGGCGCUCGCAGGGGCAGGGCGGCCGCCGAGCAGCUCCGCGCUCCCCCAACGCCCACGUAAGGAAGUGGUUGCGUUUCUCGGAGAGGAAAAGGGAAGUCGGGCUGCCUCCGCGGGGCAGCCAGCAACUCCCGCUUGCUGCGUGCUGGCCGGUUCGUGUCGACUGCCCAGAGUCCACGAACUCGCCCUGCCCGGCAAGCGAGCUCGCCAUGGCCUACCACAGCUUCCUGCUGGAGCCCAUCAGCUGCCACGCCUGGAACAAGGACCGGACCCAGAUCGCCCUGUGCCCCAACAACCACGAGGUGCACAUCUACCACAAGGACGGCGCCAAGUGGAGCAAGGUGCACGAGCUGAAGGAGCACAACGGGCAGGUGACGGGCAUCGACUGGGCUCCUGAGAGCAACCGGCUGGUGACGUGCGGGACCGACCGCAAUGCCUACGUCUGGACCCUGAAGGGCAACGUCUGGAAGCCCACCCUGGUCAUCCUGCGGAUCAACCGGGCCGCCCGCUGCGUCAAGUGGUCCCCCAAGGAGAACAAGUUCGCCGUGGGCAGCGGCUCCCGGCUCAUCUCCAUCUGCUACUUCGAGCAGGAGAAUGACUGGUGGGUUUGCAAGCACAUCAAGAAGCCCAUCCGCUCGACGGUGCUCAGCCUGGACUGGCACCCCAACAACGUCCUGCUGGCCGCCGGCUCCUGCGACUUCAAGUGCCGGAUCUUCUCCGCCUACAUCAAGGAGGUGGAGGAGCGGCCGAGCCCCACGCCGUGGGGCUCCAAGAUGCCCUUUGGGGAGUUGAUGUUCGAGUCGAGCAGCAGCUGCGGGUGGGUGCACAGCAUCUGCUUCUCGGCCAGCGGCGCCCGCGUGGCCUGGGUGAGCCACGACAGCACGCUCUGCCUCGCCGAUGCCAACAAGAAGAUGGCCGUCGCCUCCCUCUGCACCGAGACCCUUCCCCUCCUGGCCGUCACCUUCAUCACCGAGAACAGCCUGGUGGCCGCGGGCCACGACUGCUACCCGAUGCUGUUCACCUACGAGGAGGGCCAGGGCACGCUGACCUUCGGGGGGAAGCUGGACGUCCCCAAGCAGAGCUCCCAGCGCGGCCUCACCGCCCGCGAGCGCUUCCAGAACCUGGAUAAGAAAGCGAGCUCGGACACCUCCAACGCCACGCUGGACACCGUGCACAAGAACAGCAUCAGCCAGAUCUCCGUGCUGGCGGGUGGGAAAGCCAACUGCUCGCAGUUCUGCACCACGGGGAUGGACGGCGGCAUGAGCAUCUGGGACGUCAAGAGCCUGGAGUCGACGCUGAAGGAUCUCAAGAUCAAAUGAAGGAGGCAGCCGGGAAGGUGUCCGGCCGCCAGCCCGCCCCUGCUCCGCUGCUCCUGCCUGCUUUGUCCCCGCGCCACGCGAGCCCCCCGCGAGCCGCCCGCGCGCUCCCCCGGCUGCCAGCCAGCACGGGGCACCGGGCCGGUGGGCAGCCAGCCCCGCGGCUGCUCUAACACGAAGAUAAAGGUUUUUGUUUUUGUUUUUGUUUUUGUUUUUGUUUUUUUACUAUUUUUGUUACCAUCCUAACCGAUGCUGGUCAUACGUCGCUUAAAGAAGUAAAAAAAAUAAAGCAGAGAUUUUUUUUCCUGUGUAUAUCCAA